AAGGACGAACGCCCGAAGGUUCUCUACAUCGGCCACGUCCCGCACGGUUUCUACGAGGAACAGAUGCGCGGAUACUUCAGCCAGUUCGGCGAGGUCACCCGCCUGCGUCUCUCCCGCAACAAGAAGACCGGCAAGUCCAAGCACUACGCCUUUGUCGAGUUCAAGCACCCCGAGGUUGCGCAGAUUGUCGCCGAGAGCAUGAACGGCUACCUCCUCUUCGAGUCCGUCCUCAAGGUUCGCACGAUGACCGAGGCGGAGUGCCACCCGGAGAUGUGGAAGGGCGCCAACAGGAAGUUCAAGCAGGUGCCCUGGCAGAAGAAGGCGGCGACGCAGCACGACAGGGAGAGGAGCGCGGAUGAGCAAAAGGCGAGAAACUCGGCGCUCCUCCGUGGGGAGCGGCGUCGGCGUAAGAAGAUCGCCGACGCGGGCAUCGAGUACGACUUUCCG